AAUUGUUUGUGACAUUUUAUUAAAAACAAAAAAAUUUUCUCACUUUCCCAAAAAAAAAGAAAAUAAUAAUUCAAUAAGAAAUAGACGCAUUCAGUGAUAUUUUUACGCCAGAUAAAUCUUUAGCUGUCUAAAUAUAUAAAAACUAAACCAGGAUAAAAAGGAUACGAAAAAAUAAAAAAAAUAAAAAAAACAUUUUAAAUCCCAAUACUAAAUUGGGUCUUUGUGUUGGCCACAAUAAAGACGACCACCGAAUUUGCUGGCAGUUAUUGUCACAUAAGCCGCUUAACUUGCAACAAUAACAAAACAUUUUUGAACGCCUUGAUUUUUCUCUUAAUAUUUUUGCACAAAGAGAUUAAAGCUCAAAAAUAAAAUACGAAAUAGACAGAAAAGAAAGGAAAUUAUAAAAGAAUAUUAAACGUUUAACAACAAUUGUCAAGGAUUUCCAAAAUAAAAAGGAAAAACGUUUAGGUAAACGUGUCCCUUAAACGACUGACAAUAAACGACUACUAAUUUAGCGUAAUGGCCGAAGAGGAGAAGAAAAAGGAAAAGGUGGAUGAAAGGCUAGAAUUCUUGUGGAAUUACAUCAUGAAAACAAUGAGACUUAAGCAGGAAAAAUGGAAUAAAAUGUUGGCUACCAGCGAAUACAAGGAAACUGUCAAUGAAUUUCUUAAUGAACCAUAUCAGGAGCGACUCAUAUUUACUUUGAACUCGGCUGCUUUGUUGGCGCCAUCCUACAACUUUCCCGAAAAGCCCAUUAGUAAAAUGGUGUACUUUAUAAGGCACGAAAUACCAACUACCUUAACCAUGGAGAAUAUGGCCACUACCCUUAUGAUAGGAGAUCUGCUGCCAAAUGUUUUGGAAAAUUUAACAGUUCUAUGUGACGAUGUCAUUUUUCCUCUGCUCAAUAAUCCUGUAAAUCAAAAUGGUUGGACCUCGGUGAUUGUGAAUGAUAUGAAAACAGAGUCUCAAGACUUGCGCAAUGGUAUAGCCCAAAUGAAGGGUUUGGUAAUGAAUCGCACCAUCCUACCCUUGCCAAUUUGCAUAGAUGAGGUCAUGGAAAGUGCACCAGCUAUUGCCAAAGGGGACUUGAGUAAAGUCAAUCAUUUAAUGAAGCAUUCUUUGGAAUUUAUGGUAGUUAAAUGGCUGGACUCUGUGGAAGACUUAAUACAUAUUAAAUCCAGAGAUAAAAUAUUCUCUAAAGAAGAAUUUCCCAGACCCGAACAUUUAUUUAAUUUUUGGGAUGCCCGUUUAGAGAAUUUGGAAAAUUUAGCCGAUCAAUUGGGUGACAAACGCAUCAAAACUAUAGGUUUUGUAUUGGAGAAAAUACGUUCGGUAUUUGAAAGCAGCUACAGGCGCAUAGUGGAAUUAGUUUUGGAGGCUUUGGCAGAAGCCAGAGAUAUAACCAAAUACUUAACACCUUUGCGUAAAAUGAUUGAUAAGUUCGAAACGGGUGAUUUAGAUGAAAACCGCAGUCAAAUAAGGCCUUUAUUAAUAACAAUCGGUUUGGUUUGGGGUCAUUCUAAAUACUUCCACAGUCUGGACAAUAUGGUCUUGUUGUUUCAACUAUUACACAAUACCUUAAUUGAAUGUGCCAUGCGCACUAUAGAGGCUGAUGCCAUUUUCCAGGGUGACGUAGAUGAAGCCUUUAAAAAGGUCAGCACAAAUAUCGGUCACCUGGAAUACUAUCGCUCCACCUACAAUGAAACCCGCCUAACUCUCAAGAAAUUCAAAGUAGGCACUGAAUUCAAUUCUCAAGAUUGGACCUGGCAUCCGGAGGAAAUUUUCGCACGUUUCAAUAAAUUUAUAGAACGUUUACAAACCUUAGAGGAACUCUUCGAUACCGGCAGGGAUUUUAUGAAAUUGGAGAAAAUAACUGUGGGUGGUUUAAAGGGUCGUCAAAUUACUACGGCUUUAGAGAAAAUCCUUGAAGAGUAUAAUAACUUUUAUAGAGAAUGGUCGAAUAUACAAUACAAUCCUUUGGACCCAGAUGCUAAACUCUCGACAUUUGUAGAGGAUCGACAGGUUUUUAAGGAGAAAACUAAUGUUUUGGAACGCAAAAUAGCCUAUCAAUUUGAAAAAGCUUUAGAGGAUUCUCAUGAGCUGAUGCUGUGUGGUACUUUGCUAUUGAGACCUAUUAUUAAGGAACAUAUGGAUCCGUUUAUGCACAUAAUAGUGGAUGAUUUUGCGGAGGAAAUUAAUGCGGUUAAGGGGGAUUUCAAUGAGUUUGAGGGUAUUUAUAAGGAGCGUGGCUUAAGUGCUUUGGCCACUGAUAACUGUUUUCCUCCAACCUCGGCUGCUCUAACAUGGCUUGCCAAGCUGCAACACAGAAUUACUUGGAUGCAUUCGGAACAUGAGCUGUAUGACUAUCCACUCUUUGAAAAUGAACUCGGCCAGUACACUCUAGCCAUUUACGAUGAAAUGAAUCAACAAAUUGAAAAACUACGACAAGAAAUCUUAAAAUCAUGGCGAGUAGAAGUGAAAAAGGACAUUACCCAGGACAUGGAACUUAAUUUACUGGCCAAAAUGGACAAUGUUUUGUCAGUGAAUUUUAGUAUUAAUCUCAAGAAUGCCUUAAAAGAUACCAAAUAUAUAUUAAUGAUGAAUUUGGAGGUGGCCGAAGAAAUAAGGGAAUUUUUCGAUAAAGAAGAAAGAUUAUGGGAGGCUCGCAUCAAACUGCAAAGAAUUGCAGAAUGGUAUAACGACAUUAAUGACCGAGCCAAGCCUAGUGAAAAGGCUCUUAUACAAGCUGAAUUAAUGUUGUAUGAAUUGUUCAUGGAGCCUUUGAUAACUAAAGUAACAUGGAAUAAUUUUGAUCAAAGUUUCAUUGUGGAAGUUUUUAAAAAGUUUGAAUAUCUACACAAACGUUUGGUGAAAUGCCAAUCCAAUGUAGACGCCAUCAAGCGCAGCAUCAAUUAUUGGGGCAAAAUACCUUUGUAUAUGCGUAAGGAUCAGCUGCCCAAAGCUUUAUUGGAAACUGAACCGCGCAUGACAAUAUUAACUAAACGUGUUGAGCAAGCUGGUGUAACCGCUUUAGUAAUAGAUAAACUUUUAUAUGAUAAUGCCAAAUUGUUUUACGAUAUACCCAGACGCUAUGAAAUGCUUAGAGAAGACAAUGAAGAGGGAGAGGAAGGUGAAGAAGAGGAAGAGGCUCUUAAGGAAAAAACAGAAGUUGAUGCUCUUCCUAAGGCACCAUCUGUAAUACCAAAUGUUAUGGAUGAAAUUGAAGAGGAAGAUGAGGAGGAGCUUGUAACCUCCCUGCAGCGUUGGGAGCUGUUACAAACUGUUGCGCCCAAUGAAAGAGAACUCUUUCGGGACUAUGAGAAUUAUGUUGAUCAGGAAAUUACCCAAUGCCUAUUGGAUGCUGUCAUCACCAGUCUCACCUAUUUACGCAUGGAAAUUGAAAAUCGCUAUGAAAAUAAUGCUCCCGUGUUUGAGAUCAUAAUGGAUUUACAGGAGCCUCAUGUGUGUUUCUUCCCCAAUCUAGAGCCCACCUCCAAAAUUGGUUUCACCUGUCAUGUUGAGAAGCUUCUAGAGGAUAUGUAUCAUAUGAUGGAACUACUGCCACGUUGUGCCCAAGAUCCUCCCUUAGCGGGCCAAGAUGCUUUAGAUUUUGGAGAUGAAAUUGCCGAUAAAACGGACAUACACAAACAUCGUAAUGACAUUUUAAAUAAAGUUAAAUUUGCUCUACAGGCUAUACGGACACAUACAAAGGCUUUCUUGGAAUUCUCCUAUUUAUGGAUGUUGAAUAGGCAACAGUAUUUGGCAGAGGUGAAGAAGUUUGGCAGACCCUUGUCAUUGGCUGAGCGAGAGGCUGAACUGGAGGGUGAGGGCAUGUCGGGUGUUAAGCCACUGAAAGAUGAAAAUAAUCCACCUUUGAGUGUGUAUAAGGAUCAGUUGGAUAAAUUUAUUGCCUUAGAAGAGCAAAUAAGGCAAUGGGAAACAUAUCAAGAUUUCAAUGUGUGGUUACGUUUGAAUAAGAAGAGUUUCAAAAAUGCCGUACUCAAUCUGGUGGCCAAGUGGAUAAGCUUAUUUAAAAAAGAUCUCAUCGAUAGAGUUAAAAAUUCUCUGCAGGAAUUGGACCAGUUUGUGGAGGAGGCUAAUGUUGCAUUGAAAAUUGAACUCAAUAAGGAUGACUUUGAUGGACUUGUACAAAUUCUGUCGGUAUUAAAUACCAUCAAUGAAAAGCAAUUCAUCUAUGAUUAUAUGUUUGAGCCUUUGAGGGAGAUUGUUGAUUUGCUCAAGACGUAUAAUUAUGAGUUUGGGGAUACUGAAAUGGUCAUGAUGGCCGAAUUGCCUGAUAAAUGGAAUAAGGUUAAGAAACAGGCAGCCACGGUUAAGCAGAUCAUUGCUCCCAUACAAUCCUAUCAGGUGGAUCUUAUAGAAAAGCGCAUACUUUUGUGUGACAAUAUGGCCACAACAUACCGCAAGAAAUUUGUCAAGAAGAAUUUCUUCCAUGUACCCUGUCCCCAGGUCUAUGAACUCAUCGAUGAGGCUGAUGGUGAAAUCACUGAGCUUGAGGCACGCCAUUCCUCUCUCACAGGUUCGGCCGUUCUCUUUGAGCUGCAAGGACCGGAUGCCACCAAAAUUGAACGUUGUCGUCGUGAUCUGCAAUUGAACAAAAUCCUAUGGGAUUUCUUUAUCACCAUAGCCUCCACCAUAGAGGAUUGGAAAAAGACUCCCUGGAAGAAAAUCGAUAUUGAGGUCAUGGAUCAAGAAUGCAAGAAAUUUGGCAAAGAACUGCGUGCCCUAGAUAAGGACAUGCGCAAUUGGGAACCUUAUCUGCAUACAGAAAACUCCCUAAAAAAUCUAAUGACUUCCUUAAGAGCCGUUACAGAACUACAGAAUCCCGCCAUACGUGAUCGUCAUUGGUAUGAACUAAUGCGCACUACACAGGUCAAAUUUAGUAUGGAUGAUUCGACUACACUCAAAGAUUUAAUCGAUUUAAAUCUCCACGAAUACGAAGAGGAAGUUAAGAAUAUUGUGGACAAAUCGGUAAAAGAAAUGGCCAUGGAAAAGGUUUUAAAAGAUCUGCAAACAACUUGGGCCACCAUGGAGUUUCAAAAUGAAAUACAUGAACGUACUGGCCUAAAAUUACUUAAAUCUAGUGAGGAAUUGGUAGAGACUUUAGAAGAAAAUCAAUCACAAUUACAGAAUAUGGCUUCUUCCAAAUUUGUGGGCUUCUUCCACACCGAAGUAACCAGCUGGCAAACUAAAUUGUCCAAUGCCGAACAAAUAAUUACCGCCUGGUUUGAGGUGCAGCGUAAAUGGGUGUAUUUGGAGAGUAUUUUCAUAGGUUCCGAAGAUAUACGCUCUCAGCUGCCGGUUGACUCCAAAAGAUUUGACACAGUCGACAAGGAGUUUAAAAAUCUGUUGGUACAAAUGAAUGCCGACAAGAAUGUGGUAAGGGCUACCAAUAGACCUGGCAGUAAACUUUACGAAACUUUGGAAAAUCUUGCCAAACUCUUGCUGUUAUGUGAGAAGGCUUUGAAUGACUAUUUGGAGACCAAACGUUUGGCUUAUCCCCGUUUCUAUUUUGUAUCAUCCGCCGAUUUGUUGGACAUACUCUCGAAUGGCAACAAUCCCACCAUGAUAAGCAAACAUUUAACCAAACUCUAUGACUCUUUGGGCAAUCUAAGGCUUUUACCCAAUUCCAAAUUGGCCUCCGGCAUGGUGGCCAAAGAACAUGAGGAGUAUAUACCAUUUUUGGAGAACUGUGAUUGCAGUGGCAAAGUAGAGGUUUGGCUUAAUCGUGUCACUGACAAAAUGCGUGAAACCUUAAGGGAUCAAUUGAGACGGGCAGUUUUAGCCUACGAAGAGAAACCCAGACAUGUAUGGGUCUAUGAUUGGCCAGCCCAGCCGGCCUUGGUGACCACACAAAUUUGCUGGACCUCAGAGACCAAUGAUGCAUUUGCCAAAGUACAACAGCGUUAUGAAAAUGCUUUGAAGGACUAUAACAAGAAACAGGUGACACAAUUGAAUCACUUGAUAAACUUGCUAUUGGGCGACUUAACAGCCUCGGAUCGGGUUAAAGUUUGCACUAUUUGUACCAUAGAUGUGCAUAGUCGUGAUGUGGUGUCGAAAAUUAUUUCCUCUAAAGUGGAAAUGGCCUCUGCUUUCCAGUGGCAAUCGCAAUUAAGACAUCGCUGGGAUACCAAAUUCGAUGACUGUUUUGCAAACAUCUGUGAUGCCCAAUUCCAAUAUGAUUACGAGUAUUUGGGCAACACCUCACGUUUGGUUAUUACCCCUCUAACAGAUCGCUGUUAUAUUACCCUGACCCAAUCCCUGCACUUGAGAAUGGGCGGAGCACCCGCAGGACCAGCUGGCACCGGUAAAACUGAAACUACUAAAGAUUUAGGCAGAGCUUUGGGCAUUAUGGUCUAUGUUUUCAAUUGUUCCGAACAAAUGGACUACAAGUCCGUGGGCGAUAUACACAAAGGUCUUGCCCAGUCUGGUGCCUGGGGCUGUUUCGAUGAGUUUAAUCGAAUUUCGGUGGAAGUUUUAUCUGUGGUGGCCGUGCAGGUCAAAUGCAUACAAGAUGCUAUUAAGGCCAAGAAGCUUAUUUUUAAUUUUCUGGGUGAAAUUAUUACACUACGUGCCACCGUCGGCAUGUUCAUUACAAUGAAUCCAGGCUAUGCGGGACGUGCUGAAUUGCCGGAGAAUUUAAAAGCGUUAUAUCGACCUUGUGCCAUGGUGGUGCCUGACUUUAUGUUAAUCAGUGAGAUAAUGUUGGUCGGUGAAGGUUUCCAGGAGGCACGUUUGCUAGCUCGCAAAUUCAUUGCACUGUACGAGUUGUGCAAAGAAUUGCUGUCCAAGCAGGACCAUUACGAUUGGGGUUUGCGUGCUGUAAAGUCAGUGUUGGUGGUGGCAGGUUCGCUGAAGCGAGAUGACCGCCAAAGACCUGAAGAUCAAGUCUUAAUGAGAGCUUUGCGUGAUUUCAAUACCCCCAAAAUUGUAACAGAUGAUGUGCCGGUGUUUAUGGGUUUAAUAGGUGACCUGUUUCCAGCUUUGGAUGUGCCACGCAAACGUGACCUGGAAUUUGAGGCAGUGGUUAAAAGGUCAGCGGUAGACUUGAAGCUGCAGCCAGAUGAUGGUUUCAUUUUGAAAAUAGUGCAGCUAAAGGAACUCUUUGCAGUGCGCCAUUCUGUUUUCAUUAUCGGCUUUGCUGGCACCGGCAAGUCAGAAGUAUGGAAAACUCUUAACAAAACCUAUGCCAAUUUGAAGCGUAAACCCCACUACAAUGAUCUAAAUCCCAAAGCUGUAACAAACGAUGAAUUGUUUGGCAUUGUUAAUCCGGCUACCAGAGAAUGGAAAGAUGGUUUGUUCUCCAUUAUAAUGCGUGAUCAGGCGAAUUUGGGUGGUUCGGGGCCCAAGUGGAUAGUGUUGGAUGGUGACAUUGAUCCCAUGUGGAUAGAGAGCUUAAACACGGUCAUGGAUGACAACAAGGUAUUGACUUUGGCCAGCAAUGAGCGCAUUGCUUUGACCAAGGAAAUGCGUUUGCUGUUCGAGAUAGCCAAUUUGAAAACUGCCACCCCGGCCACUGUAUCCAGGGCAGGUAUUUUGUAUAUAAAUCCCCAAGAUUUGGGUUGGACUCCUUUCAUUCUCUCCUGGCUUAAUACACGCACCAAUCAAGCUGAAGUAGCCACGCUCAAUGUUUUAUUCGACAAAUAUGUUCCUCCCUUGCUGGAGGUAUUUAAGACACGUCUAAAGAAAAUCACUCCCAUAGCCGAUAUAGCCAUGCUGCAAAUGACUUGCUUCUUGCUGAACAGCCUACUAACUCCACAAAAUGUACCGGCCGAUUGUCCCAAGGAAUGGUAUGAAAUCUAUUUCGUUUUCUCCAUUGUGUGGGGUUUUGGUUCGACUUUGUUUCAAGAUCAAAUCAUUGAUUGGCGCAAUGAAUUUAGCAAAUGGUUUGUCAAUGAGUUUAAGACCGUCAAAUUUCCUGGCUCGGGCAAUAUAUUUUCUUUUUAUGUGGAUCAUGAAACCAAGAAAUUUAGACCCUGGACUGAUUUGGUUCCCAAUUUUGAACUGGAUCCUGAUAUUCCUUUACAAGCCAAUUUGGUGCACACCUCCGAAACCACACGCCUAAGCUAUUUCAUGGAUGUCUUGAUAGGAGACAACUAUCCCACCAUGCUUAUUGGGCCUCCAGGUUCGGGUAAAACCAUUAUAAUGAAUUUGAAAUUGAACUCUCUUCCCAGCGAGAAGUAUGCGGUAACCAAUGUGCCCUUUAACUUUUACACCACCUCUGAAAUGCUGCAAAAUAUUUUGGAAAAACCUUUAGAGAAGAAGGCCGGCCGCAAUUAUGGUCCUCAGGGCAAUAAGAAAAUGUUAUAUUUUGUGGAUGAUAUGAAUAUGCCGGAAGUAGAUAAAUAUGGAACUGUGCAACCGCAUACUCUCAUCAGGCAAUUUAUGGACUAUCGUCAUUGGUAUGAUCGUGUUAAGAUGACCUUAAGAGAUAUACACAAUUGCCAGUUUGUGUCCUGCAUGAAUCCUUCUGCUGGUUCCUUUACCAUAGAUCCUAGAUUGCAGAGACAUUUUUGUUCCUUUGCUGUGAAUGUUCCCAGUGCUGAUGCUUUGUUCCACAUCCUAAAUUCUAUUUUGUCUCAACAUUUAAAAAAUCCCACUCACAAGUUCGAUAAGGCAGUCAUAAAUCUGUGUGAGCCUUUGGUACAAACAGCCAUAAAUCUGCAUCAGAAAGUGGCUGCCUCAUUUUUGCCCACCGCUGUAAAGUUUCAUUAUAAUUUCAAUUUGCGUGAUAUAGCCAAUAUAUUUACGGGUAUGCUCUAUGCCAAUUUCAAGACCUGCCCCAAUCCCAAUAUGCUGCUACGUUUGUGGGUCCAUGAGUGUAAUCGUGUCUAUGGCGACAAGUUGGUCGAUCAAGCAGACAUCAAUAGUUUUAGCAAAAUCAUAGCCGAGGCGUUGCGCAAAGGCAUAGAGAAUUAUAGCGAGGAUGUGGUAUUUGGCAAACCUCAGAUCUAUUGCCACUUUGCUAUGGGUCUAGCGGAAAAUAAAUAUAUGCCUAUUAGCGACUGGGAGCGUCUGCACAAGUUACUGGAAGAAGCCCAAGAGCGUUACAAUGAUUUUGUGGGAGCCAUGAAUUUGGUGCUCUUCGAUGAUGCCAUGUGUCAUGUCUGCCGCAUUAGUCGUAUUGUGGAAUCUUCUCGUGGCUAUGCUCUUCUCAUUGGUGUGGGUGGUUCAGGCAAACAAUCUUUGACUAGAUUGGCAGCUUUCAUUUCAUCUCUAGACGUUUUCCAAGUCCAGCUAACCAAAGAUUACAGCAUUAAUGAUUUAAAAGCGAAUAUAGCUACACUUUAUGUCAAGUGUGGUGUUAAGUCCUCCCAGUGUUGUUUCCUCAUGACAGAUGCCGAAGUGGCUAAAGAACAAUUUUUGGUUUUAGUUAAUGAUAUGUUGGCUUCGGGAGAUAUCCAUGAACUGUUUCCUGAUGAUGAAAUUGAGAAUCUAGUGAAUGCUGUGCGCAAUGAGGUUAAACAGCUGGGUAUUGUGGACAAUCGCGAAAAUUGCUGGAAAUAUUUUAUAGAAAAAGUUCGGGGUCUUUUGAAAGUUGUAUUGUGUUUCUCUCCAGUGGGUAAUACACUCAGAGUAAGGGCCCGUAAUUUUCCUUCUUUAGUUAACUGCACUACCAUAGAUUGGUUCCAUGAAUGGCCUCAAGAGGCUUUGGAAUCAGUAUCUUAUCGUUUCUUAUCGGAAAUAGAAGUUUUACCCAAAUCUUUGGGUCAUCCGGUAUCGCGUUUUAUGGCCUAUGUUCACAAAACCGUCAAUGAUAUAUCCAAAGUGUAUUUGCUUAAUGACAAGCGUUACAAUUACACUACUCCCAAGUCCUUCCUAGAGCUAGUGAGUUUAUACACCAAACUUCUCACCGAAAAAGUCAAAGCCAAUUUGGAUCGACGUCAGAGAUUGGAGAAUGGUCUUAUUAAAUUAGCCAGCUGCUCUACGGAAGUGGAUGGUUUGCAGGAAGUUCUUAAGGUGCAAGAAGUGGAAUUGAAAAUUAAAAAUGAUGAGGCUGACAAUCUAAUUAAAGUGGUGAGUUUUGAAAAUGAUAAAGUUUCUAAGGAAAGAGCUUUCGCCUCCAAAGAAGAGAAAAAUGUGCGCCAAAUAGAGGAAGAUGUUACAGCCAAGGCCAAAUUAUGUGAAGAAGAUUUUCGCAAAGCCCAACCUGCUCUUUUGGCAGCCCAAGAGGCCUUAAAUACUUUAAACAAAAAUAAUUUAACAGAGUUAAAAUCGUUUGGUUCACCUCCGGAUGCUGUGGUCAAUGUUUGCUCGGCUGUAUUGGUGUUGUUUGCCCCCAAAGGUAAAAUUCCCAAAGAUCGCAGCUGGAAGGCUUGUCGUGUUAUAAUGGGCAAUGUGGACAAGUUUUUGGAUAAUUUGGUAAAUUAUGACAAAAAACAUAUACAUCCCGAUGUUAUCAAGGCUCUGCAACCCUAUUUGGCUGACCCGGAAUUCAAUCCAGAAAACAUUUUAGCCAAAUCUUCGGCGGCAGCUGGCUUAUGCUCUUGGGUUAUAAACAUUUAUAGAUUUUAUGAAGUUUAUUUGGUGGUGGAACCUAAAGAACGUGCCUUGGUGGAAGCAGAACAGGAGCUGCAAGAUGCCAGAGAUAAACUAACAGCUUUAAAUAAUCGUCUUAAUGAAUUGGAGGAGCAGCUGAAUGUUUUGCAAAUGGAAUAUGAUGAGGCUUUGGCCAAAAAACAAAAAUGCCAAGAUGAGGCUGAUAAGACAGCUUUCACCAUUGAUUUGGCCAAUCGUUUGAUAGGAGGUUUGGCCUCGGAAAAGAUACGUUGGACUGAGUCGGUGAAAAGUUUACAGCAUAGCCAGGUUACCAUGCCUGGUGACAUACUACUCAUAGCUUGUUUUAUAUCCUAUGUGGGCUGUUUUACUCGUGCCUAUCGUGUGGAAUUGCAAACCAAAAUGUGGAUACCUGCCUUUAAGGCCUGUGAUCCCAAAAUCCCCUCUAGUGAGGGCGGUGAUCCCUUUGAAAUGAUUUGUGAUGAUGCUCAAAUUGCCGAGUGGAAUAAUCAAGGUUUACCUAGUGAUCGUAUGUCAGCCGAAAAUGCCGCUAUACUAGUACAUUCUGAACGCUAUCCCCUAAUGAUAGAUCCACAAUUGCAAGGCAUUAAAUGGGUUAAACAAAAAUAUAGUGCCAACAUCGUGGUUUUACGUCUCACCCAAAAGGGUUAUAUGGAUCAAAUCGAAAAGGCUGUUAGCAAUGGCAACGUUUUGCUUUUGGAAAACAUAGGAGAGAGCAUUGAUGCUGUCUUGAAUCCUUUGCUAGGACGUCAACUUAUCAAAAAAGGCACCUGCCUGAAGAUAGGAGACAAGGAAGUAGAUUUUAAUCCCAAAUUUCGACUAAUACUACACACCAAACUGGCCAAUCCCCACUACAAGCCAGAAAUGCAAGCCCAAACUACUCUAAUCAACUUCACCGUUACUCGGGAUGGUCUAGAAGACCAGCUACUAGCGGAAGUGGUCAAGGCCGAAAGACCCGACUUGGAGGUCUUACGUACUAAACUUACACAGCAGCAAAAUCAUUUUAAAAUAACCCUGAAAUUCCUGGAAGAUGAUCUUUUGCAACGUCUUUCUUCGGCCGGUGAGAAUGUUUUGGAAGAUGUUUCUUUGGUCAUGAAUUUGGAGAAAACCAAGAAGACCGCCGAUGAAAUAGAGGUGAAAGUGGCUGAAGCCAAGAUAACUGCCGUACAAAUUGAUACUGCUCGUGAGGCCUAUCGUCCUGCCUCUGAACGGGCUUCAAUUAUUUACUUUAUACUCAAUGAUCUGUUCAAAAUCAAUCCCAUUUAUCAAUUCUCCUUAAAGGCAUUUACGGUGGUAUUUAGCAAUGCAAUUGUGAAAGCUGUACCUUCCGAGAAGCUCAAGGAGAGAGUGGAAAAUCUCAUAGAUUCCAUAACAUUCUGCAGUUUUAUGUAUACUUCACGAGGUCUGUUUGAGGCUGAUAAAUUAAUUUUCCUCACCCAGCUGACUUUACAAAUACUCAUUAAUGCGGGAGAAGUGGAGCCUUUGGAACUGGACUUUCUGCUACGUUUUCCCUACAUGGUUAAUGUCACUUCUAGUCUAGCCUUCAUCAACAAUAUCGGCUGGGGUGGUAUUAAGGCUUUAAGUAAUUUCCCAGCCUUCAGGGGCCUGGAUAAAGAUAUUGAGGGCUCUCACAAGAGAUGGAAGAAAUUUAUAGAUGCCGAGUGCCCGGAAAAGGAAAAAUUCCCGGGUGAAUGGAAAGGCAAAACUGCCAUACAAAGAUUGUGUAUUAUGCGUUGUAUAAGACCCGAUCGCAUGUCUUACUCCAUGAGAGUUUUCAUAGAGGAAAAGCUGGGCACCAAAUAUAUUGAAGCUCGUUCCAUAGAAUUUUCCAAAACAUUUGAGGAAUCUAGUGCCGAAACCCAUUUGUUCUUUGUUUUGUCUCCAGGCGUGGAUCCUCUUAAAGAUGUGGAGAAACUGGGCAAAACUUUGGGUUUCCAUGGAGAUCAUGAGAAUUUCCAUAGUGUGUCCUUGGGCCAGGGCCAAGAGGUAGUAGCUGAAAGAGCCAUAGAAACAGCCUCACAACAAGGCCAUUGGGUCAUAUUACAGAACAUACACUUAGUGGCUCGUUGGCUUUCAACUCUCGAAAAGAAAAUGGAAGCUUCUCUGGUCGAUGUCAAUCCCAAUUAUCGUUUAUUCCUAAGUGCUGAACCGGCUGGUGAUCCUGCUUAUCAUAUACUACCUCAGGGUAUUUUAGAGUCAGCCAUUAAGAUAACUAAUGAACCUCCUACAGGUAUGCAGGCCAAUAUACACAAAGCUUUGGACAACUUUAGUGAUGAAACCCUGGAAAUGUGUUCCAAGGAAACAGAAUUUAAGGCCAUAUUAUUUUCUCUAUGUUAUUUUCAUGCUGUGGUGGCGGAACGCCGUAAAUUUGGUGCCCAAGGCUGGAAUCGUGUGUAUCCCUUUAAUGUGGGAGAUCUUACGAUAUCGGUUUACGUUCUGUAUAAUUAUUUGGAGGCCAAUAGCAGAGUUCCUUGGGAGGAUUUGCGUUAUUUGUUUGGCGAAAUUAUGUAUGGAGGCCAUAUAACUGAUGAUCGUGACAGACGUUUGUGUCGCACUUAUUUGGAGGAAUUCAUGCAGCCAGAGCUUAUAGAUGGAGAAUUAGAAUUUUGCCCGGGUUUCCCAGCUCCUGGCAUUUUAAAAUAUGCUGGUUAUCAUGAGUAUAUAGAUGAAAAUCUCCCAACAGAAAGUCCAAAUCUUUAUGGUUUACAUUUAAAUGCGGAGAUAGGUUUCCUAACCACUGUAUCGGAACGUCUAUUUCGUAUAGUAUUCGAACUGCAACCACGCUUAGCCAGCACCUCGGAUACCGGAGGUGAAGUCCAAUCCCAGGAGGAUGUGGUAAAGAGUAUGCUGGAAGAUCUUAUCGAUAAGAUACCCUCACCCUUUAACAUAGCCGAACUUAUGUCUCGUGUAGAAGAUCGUAAUCCCUAUAUAUUGGUGGCCUUCCAGGAGUGCGAACGUAUGAAUAUUUUAAUGGCUGAACUGAAAAGAUCUUUGCAUGAAUUGGAAUUGGGUCUUAAGGGUGAACUAACAAUAUCCUCUAUUAUGGAACAAUUAAUGCAGUCCUUGUUUAUGGAUCAAGUGCCGGAAUCCUGGACUAAAUUGGCCUAUCCCAGCACAUUGGGUUUGCAGUCAUGGUUUGCCGAUUUACAGUUGCGUUUACGAGAGUUGGAAGCUUGGGUGGCAGAUUUUCGUUUGCCUUCCUCGGCUUGGUUGGGAGGAUUUUUCAAUCCUCAAAGUUUCUUGACGGCCAUUAUGCAACAGACGGCACGUAAAAAUGAAUGGCCUUUGGAUCGCAUGUGUUUAAAUACGGAUGUAACUAAAAAGUUUAAGGAGGAAAUAACCUCUGCUCCCCGUGAAGGUGCCUACAUUAAUGGCCUGUAUAUGGAGGGUGCUCGUUGGGAUAUGACCAUGAAUACCAUAGCUGAUGCUUAUCUUAAGGAACUAUUUCCAGCCAUGCCUGUAAUAUUUGUGAAGGCUGUGCAAAGGGAUAAACAGGAUGUCAAGAAUGUUUAUGAGUGUCCGGUGUACAAAAUUCGACAACGUGGUCCCACUUUUGUUUGGACAUUUAAUUUGAAAACCAAGGAAAAGGCUGGCAAAUGGACACUGGCUGGCGUUUGUCUACUGUUACAAAUUUAAAAUGUUUAUUCAGCAUCUUUAGUGCAAAAAUUCUGUUUCAGUUUAAGUGUCUGUCGGCCUGUCCACUCAACUAUUACUUUUCAAAAACAAAAAAAAAAACUAAUUUGAUCAAAUCUCUUUGAUGGCACUGACAAAAAGAUAAAACACACAAAUCUCCAAGAAUCUUAAAUGUACGAAAAAGAAAAGCUUAGAAAUGGCCAACACAAAAAAACAAAACGAAAGCAGCUAAGUGUGGCCUUAUUAUUUUUUGUAUUAUUGUUCAUCUGUAUUCUACAAUUUCAAUGUUAUUUUUCGCCAUCUGUUUUUUUUUUAAUAAAAAGCAAAUA